GACCCAAACCCGCAGCUCCACAACCACACUCACCACCACGAGCAUCUCGACAUCCUCAACAUCAAGGACGACCACAAGCUUCUCGAUUUCCUCGACAUCAAGCUCGAGCAUCACCAGAUCCUCCACGAGCUCAAACUCUGCGACGUCGACUUCCGUCACCGGAAGCUCCACGACGAGCGUUUCGAGCAGCAGCACCGUGUCUGCCAGCAGCACCACCUCCAGUUCAGCGACGGCCAGCAGCACGACGACUGCAAGCGGAACGGCGACAUCCACGUCCUCCACCUCGAGUACCACCAUAUCGGUGACA